UGCUCUCCCCUCCAGUUUGUUGCUGUUGAAGAUCAUGUGUUGAUGGUUGUUUAGUCAUAAAUAUUUGUUGUCUUACACGUAUUUUGAAACAAAAGUGUCGAUUUUAAUAUUCUUUCAUUAACUAUCAACAUUCAAGUGAAGUGGUAAUUUAGCCUAACUGAAAUAAUUUUAAAUUUUGAUUGCAUCAGAAAGCUUAGGUUACAAUGAAACAAUCAUAUUAUAACAGUGACGUUUCUGGUUCUAAUGUACUCUUAGUUUGGGCAGGAUAUAAUGCCAAACUAGAAGAAAUGAUUGGACAUUUCAAAGAAAACUGUAAAAUUCAGAACUUACAAGUGGAACAGAUUGACAGACUACAUUUAGCCAAUUUUGCUGACUCAUCUUAUGAUGUUGUACUGUCAAACGUCUUGGAGCCAUAUUCUCAUGUACAUUCUGUCGUUACACUGGGAGAGCUUCUACGCCUCGUCAAACCUUCCGGCAAGUUCAUCUUCCGUGCUGUUGUGAGGAAUCAAGAACAACCUGUCCAGGGUUUGAGCACAGAAGCGGAGAUUCUGUCUGCCCUGAAGUUGAGUGGCUGGGUGGACACCCAAGUGAUACCAGUCGAGUUAUCUGCAUCAGACCUGGAAGGGGUGAAAACUGGUCUGAACACCUCAGCAGAGAUCAAGGUCAUAGAGUUAGUCAGCAGGAAACCAAACUAUGAGGUGGGAGCAUCGAGUCUGUUGUCUUUCAAGAAAGCAGUGCCUACAUCAGUUGCUGCAGUAUGGAAGCUAGAUGACACUGUGGAGGAUGACCUUAUUGAUGAUGACCAGUUGCUGGAAGAGGAGGACCUGAAAAAGCCUGACCCAGCAUCAUUGAGAGUGUGUGGGACGACCGGAAAGCGUAAGGCAUGCAAGAACUGCUCGUGUGGACUAGCGGAGGAGUUAGCAUCUGAGGGUGCUGGAGACUCGGCCCCUCCUGAGCCUAAGACCUCAUCAUGCGGCAACUGUUACUUAGGAGAUGCGUUCCGCUGUUCCACCUGUCCAUACCUCGGCAUGCCAGCCUUCAAGCCGGGAGAGAAGAUACAACUCACAGACAAUCAGAUGAAAGCUGAUGCUUAGUUUCUCCAACAGUCGGUUAUGUCUUUAUUUCAAUCAAAUUAUAGUUUUUUUUUGUGAUUUACAAGUGUUUUAUUUAUAAGUUAGUUACUUAUUUAGGUGAUAGUAAGUUGUGAAAACAAAAUUAUUAUACUUCGCUGUGGUUUUUUAUCUGAUAUUGGUGAGCAUUAUAUGAUACUGCUCACCAAAUUAUUAUUAAAAAUAAUCUACAUAAUAUUAGUAAUAUCAUUGGUUUAUUAUUCCUCCUUAUAAUAUACAUUUGUUUGUAUGUUAUGUUUAUUUAAGGUGCUUUGAUUAGUCUUAGUAUAUUUAUGAAAAUUUUUAGUAUGUAAUGUAAUAAAAAAUAAAGUUGAAUUUUGUCUUUA